GUUGAAAAGAAAGUGGAGGUGCAACAAACCCCUUCACUGCAAGGUGACGUGGACUCGCGUCCUUCUGGUGAGUCUACUGCAGCUGCCUUGAAUGAGGACGUUACCGCCGAGACCACUGAGAACGUCCAGAGUGGAGACGAGGAAAAGGAGGUUAGCCAGAAACCAUCAGAAGCUGACUCGCACACCGCACUGCCGCCUACGGUUAGUCCUUCUGUACGCUCUCACUGGAGAUUUUGA